GUCGCACUUGCGACCACUCAGCCAAUAAGGCAGUCAAAAUUAUAUCAAGUUCUUAGCCAGAAUAUUUUGUAAUAUAUAUUAUAAUUAAAAAUCACAAACAGGUAAAUUAAAUAAGAAUAGCUAUCCUCUUGCCAUCUUAAUUGCUAUUUUUUUAUAUUCAUGUGGUCAAGGUAACAUAAGACAAGAACAUGAUUAUUUAAAAAAAAAAGGUUUUAUUUCAAUUUAAAUGAAACAAUAAGUAAGGGUUAAAAAAUAGACGACAGCAAAAAUAUUAUCUUAAUUUAAUGAAUAAUAAAUAGAUAAUUAUGAAGUUAAUGCUAAAAUACAUAUUCGGAUGUACCACAUCUUAUCAUUCCAUAAACAUAGGAUUCUUUUUAUUUUACAUUAUUUAUGCUCUUCUCCUACCAAGUACUGACAUGCACUGAUAAUAAUAUAUUAAUGCAUCCUAUGAAUAACAGUAAUAAUUAACAUUAUCACAGGAUAUAAUAAUUAGCUUUUUGCUAGAUUUACAAUUUGUUAUAAAACUAUAUUAUUAUGUCUACUAAACUUCCUUUGGAAUUUAGUUCAUUGAAUGUGUUAGUUAACGACUUUUGUUCUAUGUGAUAACAUUAUCCAUUAAAAAUAAACUGCUUAAAUAACUUGUCUGUGUUUUUAAAAGACUUUGAAUACAUGUGACUAAUUAAUAUAUUUUAGUUGAAUUGCUUAAUGUUUUUUCUGACAUAAAGAAAAUCUUAUUACGUUGUGACUUUGUUCCGUUACUCAAUUUUAAUUUAUUUAUUUGUAGGUAAGUUUUAUUUUUGCCUUAUAAGCUAAUAGAAUAAGAGUUGGGUAUGUACAUAACCCUAUUACAUUUUCAUUAUUUUAUCAUAGUAAAUAACGGAGCAGUAUUUUGAAAUUACUGUAAAGAAAACUGAGCGAUUAAUUUCUUAUCGUCUAUAUUUUUACAGAGAUGUUUUGGUAAUUGGUCAUAGGAUAAGCGUUUAAUGGGCAAUUUAAUUGCCGUAUAGCCAUUUUUAUUAUCAAUGGUAUAAUUGAAAACGAAUAAGUCAUGAAAGUAAAGUAUUUUAUUACGCAUAGCAAUAGAAUUCUUUUAUUGAUUAGAGCCGGUUUUCUUAUGUGAAUUUGCAGAUAUAUUUAAAGCCAUGAAGCCUGAAGGAUAUAUAGAACUCGAAGCUAAGAUUACAAAUGUCGCGGAAGGUCGGGUGAUGGGUCGACGUUUCUUUUUAACGCUGGUGAUUGGGAUUUCUGCUGGAUUUAGUUUUGCAUACAUACUUUUAACAUCGACUGGAUUCUCACGGCAAAAUGUUUGGCAUACCUACAGGGAAUCAGUAAGAGAUUUGGAUAAGCACCCAAUCACAGCUAUUGGAGAGCACAGUAAUGAUGAACCAGCGCAUAAGGAUGAGGACAGAUCGGUGGCUGAUGAGCUAUCCCGAAGAGUCAGGGUGUUGUGCUGGGUCAUGACACAACCGAAAAACCAUGAGGCUAAAGCGAAACACGUGAAAGCUACUUGGGGCAAGCGGUGUAAUAAACUUAUUUUUAUGAGCAGUGUUGAAGACGCGAGCCUGCCAACAGUAAAACUCCCAGUGAACGAAGGGAGGGACUUCCUAUGGGCAAAAACGAAGGCAGCAUUCCGCUAUGUAUACGAACACCAUAGAAGAGAUGCCGACUGGUUCUUGAAAGCUGAUGAUGAUACGUACGUGGUGGUAGAAAAUCUAAGAUAUAUGCUGGCAGACUACGAUAGCAAAGACCCAAUAUACUUUGGAUGCAGGUUCAAGCAUUUCUCGCCGCAGGGUUACAUGAGCGGUGGUGCAGGCUACGUGUUGAGCAGAGAGGCGCUGGACAGGUUCGUGAACAAAGCGCUGCCGACGCCACAGCUCUGUAACGCGGGAGACCAGGGCGCUGAGGACGCUGAGAUGGGUAAAUGCCUCGACAAGAUAGGCGUCCGUGCAAUGGACUCGCGCGAUGAGUUCCACCGCGGUCGGUUCUUCCCGUUCGUGCCCCAGGACCAUCUGUUCCCCAAUAGAGACAAAGACUUCUGGUACUGGAACUACAUCUUCUAUCCUACUGAUGAGGGUCUCGAUUGUUGUUCAGACCACGCAGUGUCCUUCCACUACGUGGGCCCGCAGCUAAUGUACGUACUCGACUAUCUAAUAUACCAUUUAAGACCCUAUGGAGUCAAAUACGGCAGCGGGGUUAUGCCCAAAAUCCUUAAAGGUAACGAUACCAAAGAUUUAGAAAAUCGUUAGCUAAAUGUCGCACUGAAUAUAACAGAAUAAACUCUUCAAAUGUAGACUGUAAAGGUAAUGGGAUAAGGUUUAAAGUCACAUGUAUGUUAUGGAACUAUAAGGUUCGUUUUUGCUUGUACUUGUAGCAGUUUUAUAAACUGAUUUCUCAUGUAAAACCAUAUGGUUUUAAUUGAAUUUGUAUUUAAACUUACAGAAUUUAUUUAGGCAUUAUCAUGAUAAAUAGACACGUAAUAGUGAAAAUGUCAUCAGUUAUUCUAUACAUUACAAUGCAAUUUCAAACUUCCGAAAAUAUUUUUCAAUUUACUCUCAAAAUUGAUAUCGACACUAAUCCAAAAUAAUUGAAUUUGGACUCAAAUUCAAUAGAAAUAAUGACAAAAAUCGAUCGGUUAUUAUUAUUAUUAUUAUUGCAGCCGUGUUGAUUUCAGGUAUAGAGAAUAGUUCAUACACGUCUUCUAUAACGGCGUUCUAAAUUCAAAAUCUGUUAUAUUCAGUGUUAAAAUAAAAAAUAAAUAACAGAACGAUCAGAAUCUCCUGUUUCCAAUACAUUCCGCAAUGACUGCUUUCGUCUGAAGUCUGAGAAACAUGUCUAAUUGUAGAUAUAAUGUGUAUAUAUAUAUUUGGGAGCUUUUACUGUAAAUUAUUAGAAAUAAAUUAAUAUAAAUAAUUAUAAUUGUUAAGACAUUAUGUUACCAAAAAUACGGCAUAAUAUUUUGUUGCUUAUACAGUAAGAUGUAGAACUUUGUGACUUGGAGUUUCAGACUAUAUUACUCUAAAUAAAAAAAUAUACAAUGUUCCAACGAGCAUAGUAAAGUCAACUUUAUUUCGUUGCAGUUAAAGUAGAUUUUUCAAUAACGAAAGUAAAAUAGGAAUAUGUAAUCUAAUUUUAAAAGUGACAGUUCUAUCAUCACAACUUUUAGUUAAGUAGAAACAAAAUAUUAUAUUUAGCUCAUUUUUUUAAUUUCUUGCCAUAAUAAUUUAAAAUUUAAUUUAUUUGAAAUGUCAUAAUAAUUUUGAUUUUGCGUUCAAAUCAGGGUGUUCGCGCAUUUAUAAGUGAGUUUUAUAUGAACUAUAAUUUGAUAUUUUAAUGUUAUUUUGUAAGUUUUAAUAUCUGUACUAGAAUGGGUGUCAGAAAAGUGACGAAGAAUCGAAAUAAUAUUAUGAAAUUAGUUCUACCGGUUAUUCGAACACUAGAUGGCGCUAAGAGCAAGCUAGAGGUCAGUUUGUCCAAUAAACUGUCAAAACUUGAAUGACGCUAGCUUAUAUUCCCUUUUGGACGAAAAGGCCAGAGUUUCAAACUAGCUCCAUCUGGUGAGAAAAAAAAUCACAAUUUUCUUUCUAUCAUUUUACAAAAGAAACAAUUUUUUUUUAAUAUUUGAUCGCCCAACAUUUCUUGUUCUUUCGCCAUUUCUGUUCAAAAUGCAAUCUUUUUAAUUAGUUGAAUGUUCUUUUACAAAAUAACUUUUAAGGUUUAAGUCAUAAACGUUCCUUAAUGUAAUUUAUUUUAAGUUUAACGUGAAUUAAUAUUUAUAUGAAGUCGUCAGCCAAAGUAGUAUAAAAUUUAUAUAAGACAGCUAGUCUCGCAGUUUUCAUAAUGAUAUUCGUAAACAAUAAUAAUAAUAAUCGGGCAUUCUCGAAAUUUGCUCAGUAGAUGGCGCUAAUCUAAAAAAAAUCAUUUUGGCCAAUCAAGCCAACUGUCAAAAAUUGAACGUUGAAAGGUAGCUAGCUAAUUUCCUAUUGGACGAAAAGACGAGAGGUUUACACUAGCGUCAUCUGUUGAGCGAAAUCCGGUAGCUUGUAUUGUCAGAAAAACGUGUGUACCUACAAGUUGCAAUUUCAAUAACAAUAACUGCCUCUUAGAUAUAUAUGUUUUUUAGAAAUUGAUUAGCUAGUUUAAUAGACUAAAAGUAGAUUUUUACACGUUUUGAAACAGCCAUGUUUAUAAAAAAGCACGUAGUAUAAACGUAAGGAGGAUUUUGAACCAAAAUUCAACAAUGUUUGAGUAAAAUUUAAUUUGUUAUUAUUAUAUUUUCUUUUCAUUGGCAGGAUAACAUAACAUACGAGUAUGUAUUUAAAUGUCUGAUAAUAUUGGCAAAGCCAUAAUUUUUAGUGUAGUUUUAUAACAUGUUUAGAAGGCCUAAGAUUUUGUAUGGAACAUACCUGUUUACCAAAGAAUCUUCAUACAGUAGGAGUAAUGUUUUACAUGAUGCACGGCGGUAUAACUCGGUUCAUUAAAGAAAGAAAUCUAAAAUGGCGGUGCUUAUCAUGUUUUCUCGCUUGCACACUAGUGCCGUCUAUACUCACUCUCACGCGUACCGUACAUAAAAAUAAUCCCGGUGAAGGACCGUCUCAUAGAUAGUAUUAAUAAAUGAGUUAAAAGUAAUAUUCAUUCUUUAUUUAUACCACCAAAAUCAUAAUAAAGAUCCUCAAAAGUGUUUUUCAAAUCUUCAACUGGUUUGAAAUAAAUACGGCUCGAUCAUGUUUUUAUUAUUUCCAUUUUGAAAAAAAUAUUCAACUUUAUAUGCUAACUGUACUACUUGUCAACGCAAGUACAAGCGGCCAUUUAAGAUUCCUUUCUUUAAUGCAUCGGCUUAUAGUUGUAUGUAUGAUUAUCUCACUUAGUUACCAUUGUAAAUUGUAUAUGUCACAUACAGCUAUGUAUAACCAGUAAAAAGUGACCAUUGAACGCGUGGAAAGAGCAUAUAAAGCGGGGUCAUGAUACACUGGUUUGUUUAGUUCCAUGUGUCGUCAUGUGUGUCUUGCAGAGUUGGAGCGAAUAGGGUAGAUGACUAAUUUUUAUUUUAAUGUCCGACUGGUAGAUUAUUUAAAAACAUUAGACACGUAUUUUUCAUUUUCUGACGGAAACGAAUAGUUUCGAAGAUAUAUUGAUUUGAAAUAUCGCAUGACGUAACUUUUGAAUACGAUUCAUACUCUAAAAUAACGUAUUUUAGACUGAUUCGUUUUGUCUAAGUAUUGUUUUCUUAUAUGACAAAAUAAAAAAAAAUACGCGUCUAAUAUUUUUUCAUUACCUAACUGACGGACUAAUUAGAUUUUUAAUUUUCAUCCCUAUUAUAUUCCUGGUUGCUAUUUUUUCCUGAAUCAGUUAUGUUUUUAUAAUAACUAUCGGGAGACAUACUAAAUACGCGGCGAUGUCGCGCAGCCUACUGAGUAGCCGCGAUUUUUAAUUAGUCUAGUAGAUUAUCAGCUACUAUACAUAUUAUAUAUUACGAUCUGAACGAUAUUUUUUCCGAGGGUCAAUUUCGCUGUAUUAAAAAGACUCGUACUCAUUGGUGCGCGCGUACUUUGCGCGCAUCUUUUUAUAUCUCCGAAGUAAUAUGUGCAUUAUGUUGUAGGGAUAAAGGUUGAGUUCAUUAUGCAAAUAAUUGGUUAUUUGCUUCGAUGCCAGCCCAAAUUGAUCCUUAAGGAAGAUGCUAUCAUAAUAGUGAUUGGCGACGUUCACGUCAAAUUAAGUUAUUGGUCAGUGUUGUAUUUGAUACUACAUUUUAUAACAGUGGCCAGCAAGAUUAACCUACUCCAGUCGGUCAAAUUUAUUCAUUGCAUUUGCGACUUUAUGUCAAUACAAUAAAGUUGAAAAUGUAAUACAGAAAAGGAUACGCUGAACUGCUGGUCACCCCAUUCGUAAA